GUCUUCUGGUUGUUUUAAUGGCUCCACGGUAGACGUCUGCCGCUUCUGGAAGAUGCUCCGGAGUCAGGCGGCCGUGUCAAGUGGCGAGCGGUCGAGGCGAUGGCGGCUCGCAACUUGGGACUGGAACUCGACCUGGACUGGGUGUCCCGCGUGCAGGUCAACCUGCCGGCCGUAAAGCUGCGUGCCGAGCAGCUACAAGCCCGACGUACUGUCAAGAAGCAGUGGCAGGCAGCAUGGCUGCUGAAGGCCGUCACCUGCAUCGACCUGACGACCCUCUCUGGCGACGACACGGCGGCCAACGUGCACAGGCUGUGCUUCAAGGCCAAGUGGCCGAUUCGCGAGGACCUCCUGAAGGCCGUUGGCAUGCAGGAUAAAGGGAUCACGGUGGGGGCCGUGUGUGUUUAUCCGUCUCGCGUGUCCGACGCUGUCAAAGCUCUCAAGUCCGCCGGGUGCGACAUCCCAGUGGCAUCCGUGGCUACGGGGUUUCCUGCCGGGCAGACUCCGCUCAAGACCCGGCUCGAAGAAAUCCGAUUGGCCGUCGCCGACGGAGCCAAGGAGAUUGACAUUGUCAUCAGUCGGGCGCUCGCCUUGACCGGCCAAUGGAAAGCGCUGUAUGAGGAGAUCCGAGCGUGCCGCAAGGCGUGCGGAGAGGCGCACAUGAAGACCAUCCUCGCCGUCGGAGACCUGGGCAGUCUCACAAACGUCUACAAGGCCAGCCUCGUCGCCAUGAUGGCCGGUUCCGAUUUCAUCAAGACGUCCACGGGGAAGGAAGGGGUUAACGCGACGUUCCCCGUGGCGCUGGUGAUGGUGCGAGCCAUCCGCGACUACCACCACCGCACUGGGAACAAGGUCGGCUUUAAGCCGGCGGGUGGCAUCCGCAGCGCAAAAGAUGCCCUCGCCUGGUUGGUGCUGAUCAAGGAGGAGCUGGGCAACGAAUGGCUGAGUCCGGAGCUGUUCCGCCUGGGUGCCAGCUCGCUGCUGACCGACAUCGAGAGACAGAUCUACCACCACGUCACCGGCCACUACGCCGCCACCCACGAACUGCCCAUGGCUUGACCCAUGGCCCCUUGACUUUGGACUCCAACCCCAUCCUCGCCUGCCAACUUCACCAGCAUUCCAAUCGCACUCAUCAUUCUCCCCAGUCCUACCACCCUCGCCAAUGAUUAAUUUCUGCCCUGAUUUAACCUUUUAAUUUGACAUUUAAUUUUCAGCAUGUGACGCUGGGUUUUUUCCAUUUUAAAUGCAGGUGAAAACAAAAAGAUUACCAAUGUGUACAACAAACGUAAACUUGUUAAUUGUCACUGCUGGUUAUUUUGUUUGCAGUCUUGCUGCUGUACAGCUCUGCAAUGCAUUUUGGGGUUGUUACCGUUUGCCAUUCGGCAUGAAAUGUCUGACGUUUCGCUCUUAAGUAUUCGGACCUUCAGGAAGUAAACAUCAAUAAAAAACAAUUCAUUUCCUGAAGAAGCUCCCCAUAUAUUUGGAGCUAAAUAUCCGAUAUGAUGCCGAACAAUGCGUGGUACAACCCUGGAGAGAACGCAUCGUUGAGCUGUUUAAUUGAUCUUUGUUACCUCUUGAUGUCUGCGAGUUUUAUAGGAGUACAUUCCACAGCAUAAACGAGUGUGCAUUUUUCGGAUGGGCGGUUGUGUCAACCGAGACAAAUCAGAUGUGGUAGGGAUGCCCCUAAUCUGAGCCACCAUUAAGCUAUGUUAGUGUUCAUCCAGGCAUGUUUUCAUGUUUCAUUUAUUAGGAUUAGCCCUGUGAGCCAUGCGGCUGUUAAGUCGGGUGCAACCACAACAAACAAAAUAUGAACACAGAACAUCCCAAAGCGACGACGCGCAACAGAAACAUCCUGGAAUAAACCAGCAAAUAUUCAAACAAAAAAUAAUUAAAACGCUGUGUGCAAAAAUCCUAAUGUGGGGCAAGCCAACAACAAGUGAACCAUACAAAACAUGCAACCUGGCUCCGUGCCUGCAUAAAAUAAGUGUCCGAAUUUGCAGUGUUGUGGUUGCAGUCUCUUGAGGGCCAGGCUGUGCAAAACUUUUGCAUAAUUGGUGUGCCAGACUACUGAGCAGCACAAACCUGCGACACGCGCGGUAACUUCGGGAGUUUUUUAAAUCACUCGGAGAGAGUCGAGCCAAGAAGAGGCAAUUGUCACUGUCACGGGAGGAAGUUAUCUGCGAUUUUCGUCCCAGCCUCGACAGACUGCGGCUCUCUGCGUGUGUGAGAGGAAGCAAGGAAUACAAGUCAACAAAUACAGGACAUUGCUAUGGGGCAUGUAAUUACAUAUUGCUUCAACGAUAUUGAUUAUUGAAUUCCACGUGUGAAAGAAGGGAUGUUAUUCUUUUUAUUUGUAUGCGUUGUAAUGGUCGACUGCGAUGUGACUCCUGCUGGGUUGACCGUGGAUGUUGAUGGAUACGUGACCACCGGGCUUGAACAGGUGCUGUGGGCUGCUGUGGGGCUAUCCUGUCAGCAGAGGGCAGUGCGGCAAAAUCCAUUGGAUGUGUGCUCCCAAAUGGGAAAUUUAACACAUUCCUGCGGAGGCAGCUGGUAGGAACGUUGGGUUGCUCGGUCAAUGGCCAGGGUCAACGGCGGUAGUGGUGUAUUCCGCAAAGAUGCCAGACUGAGGGCGGGCACAAGCCGGCGUGAGUAGGUUAAACGUUGAGUUUUAUCAGGGCACCACGGGGUGACCAGCCCUUCCCCACCCAGCCCCACCCCUUCCACCCCCCACCCAGCCCUUCCCUACCCAGCCUCUUCCUGCACUACGGACGGACACAAUAAUCCCUUGUGGGCUGGUGUAACCAGGAGGUUCCUACCAGUGAAAGUGUAUUCGGGAAAAAUGGAAGGAACCGGAAAGAGAGGAAGACCUAACGGAGAAUGGCUUAACGACGAUGACGUCAGAGAUUGGUGCCAGAAAGACGUAGCACAACUAACCAUUUUGGUACAAGACAGGAAAGUGGAAACAUAAAAUAUGAAGUCGACACCUCUGGGCAAUCUGCCCAUGGGGACAGUCAUGAUGAUAUGCUCCAAAGUCCGAGCGCUUUCCCAACCCACACUGACCAGCGUGGUGAAGUAUCACAUUUCCCUCGUGGAAUGGCCUUCAGCAUUUGAUUGACAAGGGCUGUAUUGAGGUGUACGUACAGAAAGGAUAAGCGGCAUGCCAAGGGUGCACCACAAGGCAGCAGGAGGGUUGUGGCUGAGGAUUUGUGCCUCUUCACACUCAGGACCUCCCCCCCGUCCUGUUGACGAUUUGUUUCAAUCAGUGGUGCAGCGCUAGACGAGUUCACAAUCGCCAUAAUAGCGGUUACAAGAGAACACUUUGAUCCCGAAGUUGUGGCUUUAUGCAUGCCAUGAGUGCGUGAAUUCAUUAUCCGCUGUGCGCGAUAAUCAACUCUUGUCAAUGACGACGAAAACCCGCCCCAUCACAACAGAGUAAUACCCCACGCUGGAAAACCAGAAGUGCCAGACAAGACACGAACAAUGUGGAAAAGGCACACGGGCUUUCGCACCUACGAGUAGCACGGUUGGCUACGUACGGUGCGAAAGAAGUUCAACACAUACGCCGACGUUUGAUUUUUUUUUGCAUACGCACGAAUGGUCGCGUGCGUUUUACACAUUGUUGCGUCUUAUUGCACGCUUGCUUGCAGCCCUUUGUCAAUCCACUGCUAUGCGGAAGGCCUCCCCGCGCGUUGCUGAUGAUUGAAGGUGGUUCGACCACAUACUUCGCAACGCCGGGCAAUGUGAGUUUGGUGAGGAAAAGGAGGCCAGGAUCGAGGAUCGCCUCGGUCAUCAGUCGCCACCGGCGUUAGCCGUGGCCGGGAUUCGGGCUCGGUUAACCGCGUUCGCAGCACAACAAAACUGCACGUGUCGCCUAAGACGUCCAUUAGCAUAUUUUAAGUGGUACAUCAAAAGCGUGCAAUAUUCGAGUCACGUCGCUAUCUCAUUAAACAAUCGUGUUUUAAUUGAUCAGAAGCUUGGCACGGCAUACUUUUGAAUGUUGCAUGAGGGUAUAAGGUAAUCUUCCGUUUAAUUUGUUCCCUUUUAUCUCAAAUCAAAGGCUCGCGUGAAUUUAUAAAACUAUGAAUAAAAUUAUGAUCUGUAAGGGAACAA